AUGGCUCCUUCUCUGCGUCGCGGCGUCCUCCUGGCCAUUGCUGCCUGCCUGGCCGCCGUCUCGGCCAACCCCCUGCCUGCCAACGAGGCCGCCGCCAUCCCAGAGGCCGAGAUGCUGGUCAAGGAGCAGCCAGACGCCGUCCGCGCCAGCGAGUGCACCACCACGGUGCCCGUCUUCCCCACCUUCACCUUCGGCCCUGUGCGCACCGUCUACACGACCACGACGACUGCCACCCAUCUCGUCGACUGCGGCGGCUGCAAUCACCUGGCCCUGUCCUACGUCCACCUCGGCGUCGGGCCCGUCGUCUUCUUCACCACCACCACCACCGCCCAAACCCCGGCCGCCACCACCGUCCUCGAGUGCGGCAACCGCCCCGCCGAGGCCACUCCCGCCCCGGCGCAGUAG